AUGACCGACACUGAUCCUGAAGCCAUCCGCUCCCAAGUCUUCCUCGACCCCUGGAAGUUAAGGAUGGCUAAUCGCGGGUAUUACAUCCAGUCCAGGAUUCUACACGUCCCCGAUCGAUUCGGUUUCUUCUCUGCUGGCCCACCUUGGCUCCAGGUAAUGGAUGCUGAGGGUUUCACCAGGCUAUUGGCGUAUUUAUCUAUCCUGGGCACCUUGGAAGCAUUUAUCCUUGCUUAUUUAUGGUGGAACGAAUCCUUUGAAAGGUUUAUGGUCUACGAGUUUUUGGUGACAAACUGCGAACUCAUCGUGGGCGUCUGGAUUAUAGGAUGUUUCGCCCAUUACACCAAGCAUGGUCACGACGAGGGGUUCUGA